CUAUGGUUGCCAUCUUUUCAAACCAGAUGAAGUUACUGGUGGUUCUUGUUCCUGACAGCAGCCCUAGAUAUCUGACUUCAUGUGAAAGAUGGCCAAUGCGGAAGUGAGUGUCCCUGUGGGGGAUGUGGUUGUGGUACCCACCGAAGGAAAUGAGGGGGAGAACCCCGAAGACACUAAAACCCAAGUGAUCUUGCAGUUACAGCCUGUGCAGCAAGGUUUGUUUAUCGAUGGACACUUUUACAACAGGAUUUAUGAAGCUGGGUCGGAGAACAACACAGCAGUUGUAGCAGUAGAAACUCACACCAUACACAAAAUUGAAGAAGGGAUUGAUGCAAGCACUAUAGAAGCAAAUGAGGAUAUGGAAAUUGCUUACCCCAUAACUUGUGGGGAGAGCAAAGCCAUCCUCCUUUGGAAGAAGUUUGUAUGUCCAGGAAUAAAUGUGAAGUGUGUCAAGUUCAAUGAUCAGUUGAUCAGCCCCAAGCAUUUUGUUCAUCUUGCUGGCAAGUCCACUCUGAAGGACUGGAAGAGAGCUAUUCGUCUGGGUGGCAUCAUGCUCAGGAAAAUGAUGGAUUCUGGACAGAUUGACUUUUACCAACAUGACAAAGUUUGCUCCAAUACCUGCAGAAGCACCAAGUUUGACCUUCUGAUCAGCAGUGCAAGAGCUCCAGUGCCAGGACAGCAGACAAGUGUGGUGCAGACACCCACUUCGGCUGAUGGUAGCAUCACACAGAUUGCCAUCUCAGAAGAGAGCAUGGAAGAGGCCGGGCUGGAAUGGAACUCGGCUCUCACUGCUGCUGUCACCAUGGCCACAGAGGAGGGCAUGAAGAAAGACUCAGAGGAAAUUUCAGAGGACACCUUAAUGUUCUGGAAAGGAAUAGCUGAUGUAGGACUGAUGGAAGAGGUUGUCUGCAAUAUACAGAAGGAAAUAGAGGAGCUACUCAGGGGAGUUCAGCAGCGACUCAUCCAGGCUCCCUUCCAGGUCACAGAUGCUGCUGUUCUCAACAAUGUAGCACAUACAUUUGGCUUAAUGGACACAGUCAAGAAGGUUUUAGACAACAGAAGGAACCAAGUGGAGCAGGGAGAAGAGCAGUUUCUCUAUGCUUUGACAG